CAUCAUUAUAGGCCUACACGACGCAGACGCACGAUAGUACUGUUGAUCAUUUUAUUAAUUUCAGCCAUAUUGUUUGUUAGACUGGGAUGCGUGAUGAAUGAAUGUGGUUGAUUGUUAAUUGUGAAGAAAACCAAGUUACAAUUGUAUGACAUUGACUUAUAAAGUCACCUAAAAGGUUUGAGUGAUUGUUUAGUAACGUGUAAAUGAGAAUGAGUUCAUAUUUGCAAGUAGCAGAAGAUGAAGGAGAAGAACCUAUUGAGUUGCCAUCGGAAGAUGAUGGUACAUUAUUAUUAUCAACUCUCUCAGCUCAAUUCCCAGGAACAUGUGGAUUAAAAUACCGCAAUCCAGAAUCACGUACAAUGAGAGGUGUUCGUUUGGCGGAAGGAAGACUUCAUCCUCCAGACAAUGGCUGGGGCAAUAAUGUUUAUUACUGCGUUUUCCCUAAAGAAAAUAAGAGGAAGUCUGAUGAUCAUUUGGAGAAUUCGACAGCAAAAACAAAGAGAAUGGAAACCAAGUUGAAAUGUUCGGAUCUGAUUAUAUUGGGACUGCCGUGGAAAACUUCAGAGCAACAGUUAAGAGAGUAUUUUGAAUCUUUUGGAGAAGUUUUGAUGGCUCAAGUAAAAAAGGACCCAAAAACAGGGCAGUCCAAGGGGUUUGGUUUCAUCAGGUUUGCAAGCCAUGAGGCACAGAUAAGAGUGAUGGCUCAAAGACACAUGAUUGAUGGCAGAUGGUGUGAUGUCAAAGUUCCCAACUCCAAGGGCUAUGUCCAACAAGUACCCUGCAAAGUGUUUGUUGGUCGCUGUACUGAAGAGAUCACUGCAGAGGACUUGCGAGAGUACUUCUCCAAGUACGGUGAGGUGACGGAUGUGUUCAUCCCCAAGCCUUUCCGAGCCUUUGCGUUUGUCACCUUCCUGGACCCAGACAUCGCACAGGCUCUGUGUGGCGAGGAUCAUAUCAUCAAGGGCGUGUCAGUGCACGUCUCUGAAGCGGCCCCCAAGAGCGACAUGAAUGGACGGGCGUUUAACCAAGGAAUGGGCGGCGGGGGCAUUGGGCCACGACCAGGUCCCGGACCCAGGGAACAGAAGAAUUACGGCGGACAAUACGGAGGUGGGUCGGGCGGGGGGCACAUGUACCAUCCGCAACAUCAGGGGGGGGCUCAUGGAGUAUGGAACCAACCUCCGGGCAAUCGGGGCAACCUAGACAUGCCCAACUUACAGGCUCUGGGAAUAACAGGUCAAGGCACAGGGGGGCAAGGCGGUGGCCAGAAUAUGCAGAACCCCUUAGGUAUGGGCACCCUGAACCUGAGUGCUUUACCGAUGAACCCGGCAUUAGUGGCUGCAGCCCUGAACCAAGCCGGGUGGGGCCUGAUCAGCAACUUGCAGGGGGGCCCGGGGCCUCAACAGGGCCCGCAAGGGGAUGGAAAUGCUCCUCAGUUCUCCAACCAGGGGGGCCCGGGGUUUGGGGGCGGGCCCCAACAGGGUGGGGGAACGGGUGGGGCAGGGUUUCUCAACUGGAUGAACCAAGGGGGUGGGGGUGGUGACCAAGCUGGACCGCCGGGAGCUGGAGGCUCCAACGGUCCCUCCCAGCAGGGUAGUUGGUCUCAGAAUCCAAGAGAUAUGAAAUCUGAUCAGAAAUUCCUCAAUUAUAACUGAGAAGUCUGUGAGUAUUGUGGGAGUGAGUGUGUUAUUGUACGUUUGUUGGUUAUCCUAAACCUAUAAUAUUACUUUAUUCAAUCUGAUUUUGUUCUCCGAUAUAUGUGAACUCGUUGACAAAUAUAUAAUAUGGUAUUAUUUAGCGAAUGGGAGAGGAUGGGAUGGUCUACGGAUAACCGUGGUGAGUGUCCUAGUUAACGUGUAGUACCUAUAGUGUGUGUGUGUCGCUCUGAAAUUGUAUGUAUGAUGUGUGAACAGUUAGUUUAUCAGCGAGUGUGCUCGUAAUGUUUUGUUGUUUUAUUUUAAUAAUAAUGUUAUGUUCCCAGUGAAUUUUGCAGUACAAAGUACUUUGUAAGCUUUAGUGAUGGUGUAUGUUUUUCAGUUGUGGCUGGUUUUUACAUUGUAACUGAGCAAAUGGAUGGAGAAUCUGGUGGGAAUAUAUAAAGCGAGUUUAUAAAAAAAGAUUAAAAAAUAAAAAUAAAGCUGAAUAUUAUCGAUUGGGGGUAUUGAAACGUGCUAAUCAAAGUUAUUUGUACAGUUCUAGAGAUAUUUUUUGUUGUUUACUGUGAAGUUUAAUUAUUUUAACUCCUUUCGAGAGUCUAAGUUGAAUUAUCUUACGAAGACACAUUGUACAUACAGUUUAAGAUUACAGUGUUCAUAUUAUUUUCUGUGUUUCAAUGUAACUCGUUUCCUAGGAAGUAGUUAAAAUACUUUAUUUUAUUUAAAACAAAAAGUUGUCAUAGCAUUAGAAAUACCAGAUAUGCCUUUAGUCCUAGAAACGGCAAUCGUUUUCCCAAGGAAAAGGUCAAUUUUGGUUUUCUUGUAGAGGGUUAUUAUACACACAAUAGUUUGUUUUAUAUUUUUUUGCAUUUAUAAACAAUACCAAUUAUAAUAUUGCUCAAAAUAAUUAUUUUAUUGCUUAUUGUUUCAAAAUGGAUUUUCCCACUUCACAAGUUUUAAAAAACAGCCAUAAAAACUGAUUUAUGUCUAAAAUGAAAAGUAAAAAGAUUGUUGUAUAAUGUUCAAGAUUUACAAUUUUAGAACUUCCCUUUUAUAAAAACAAUUUGAUUAUUGAAAUACGUCAUAAGAUCUAUUAUUCUAUGUCGAUUUGGAGCAACAUCACUGUUACAUUUUCAAAACAUCGCUACUCAUAACAAAGUUCACUAUUCAUAGAAUCUCAAAACUACACAGAUGUUUUUCUUUCAUUUUUUCAAAUAGUGAGAAUACCCAACUGAGUUGCAAGAUAAUGUAUUGAUGGAGAUAAGUAGUAUCUUCAAAAUUCAUUGGACAAGUGAAGAAAUGCAGCUUAGAAACCAAAAAUGACAUGUGAUGUCAGCCAAGAAAAUUUUUUAGUAUUAUUUAGCAAGUAUUGCGCUGCACAGUAUUCUUCUAUACAAGUGUAUUUGUUAAUGGUUGAAAAAAGUAAGCAAUAAAACCAUAAAAAUUCAUGAUUAAUAAGAUGUUUCUUAAAUACAAUAUUCAUACAAUAAAUAUACAGUGCAAUGAAUUUUCAAACAAAAUACCAAAGAAGGAACAAAUUGAACUUCAUAAAAUAUAGUAUUUGAUGAUUCCAAGCAUUGGAUUAGUAAUAAGCAACUAGAACACAAAGCGAAGGUUAGUGCAGUAUAUAUUAAACGAAUUUAGAGCAAAGUCAACAACCUCAGAUACUGCAAAUUGUCAUAAGACCUCUAACAAUAGUUAGAAAAAGGUGUUCAGUAAUAUUUUCGUAUAAAAGUUCAUAAUGUUUUGUUUCCACUGGUAUAGGGAAUUUGUCAAGAUUGAAGUUAGAAAUAAAUGUCAGACUUUGAGUUGAGGAUGUUUUAUUACUCCUUUGAUUAUGCCAAUUUGCUAGUCAAUCAUUUGUAAUAUCUUAUUGAUUGCCAUUUCUAGGAUUAAACAAUUGAUUUCAUUCAAUUAAUUAUUAAUAUUGGUAAUGGCUUUAAUAAUUUGGUCCAAUAUUAAAAUUUUGAAAAUUUGUCAAAAGCAUGCAUUAUUAUCGUUUCAAAUGAUACAACAACACAAGGUAGAAAGCAUAAAAUUAUAUUAUUUUCAUUGACUCAUGGUUAUUCAGUAACUGAUUCAUACAUCUUGAGUGUGAAUUGUAACGAUGAACCUUUUUAAUGCCAGCAUCUGUCAUUAUAAACUGUAAGAUAAGUCAAAAAGCUAAUUUAUGUUUUUUUAAAUCACUAAUGGAACAUUUUUGUAAAAAAGUAAAAUCUUUUUAGUGAUAUGUACUAAAAGUAUUCAUUAAGAGUUAAACUAAUGAAUUUUUUUUAACCACCCAUAUUAUUGGUUUCUACUUCCUCAACUGUUCCAUUGUUAUAAUGAACUUAUUUUUGUAUAUAGACUAGUACAGCCAAGAUGAACAAAGUCCUCAUCAGGGACCUUGUUCCUUGUUCAGGGGGGUUCCUUUUAUGCCUGAAGUAAAGAUAACUUCAGGCAUAAAAUUUUCCUUAGAGGUCGAAAUAGUCCUUACUAUUGGCCUUGAAUGUGAUCAAAGUAGUCCAUACACACAGAUUAGGUAUUAAAAAAAUGCUCUGACACAAGAGUUAUUUUUAACCGAGAAUUGUAGCAAUUAAGUCUGUUGUCACUGCAUACUAGAACUCAUAAUCCCAACUUACUCUUAUAAACUUUGUCAUUUUGCUUAAAUCCUGGUAAUCUAUAAAUCUUUUAGGAGAAUAAAAUUACUUCAUUUUAAUUAAAAUAAAUUACUAUUGAUUAAUCAAUUAAAAGAAGUAUACAAGGUAUAGAUGUUUGUAAAACAAAACACUUUGUUCAGAAUUUCUUAUGUAAUCUCCGACUUAUUACCUAAUCAUAAUGAAUAAUCAUGAGUCUGUUUUGUUUACUGAAUAUAGUUUUCCAUUUGAGCACUUAUCGUACAGUCAUUGAAAAAGGUUGCACAUGUUUCAAAAAUUUAAGUUUAAUAAGUAUAAAAAUAAAAACAAAGCUUGUUUUACCAUUUGUUGCAAUAAAUAGUCUUUUUAAAUCCUAAUCUGUUUCGAUUUGACCAUUGUUAGUAGCCCUGGACAUCUCAAGUCGAUAGUUAACUUCGCCGGCCCAUGUGCGCUGGAUCAUUUCAAACAUUACUGGAGCAUACUUGACAGCAGUAGCUCAUUGUUGAAAAUUUCCAUGUUCUGAAUUUGAAUCUGAACACAAUGGUUUUUCUAGAAGUCACCAGAAAUUUUUAUCAUUUGGUUAAGUCGAGUUUCUCUGAUGGUAAGGUACAAUCUUGUCAAUUUAUCGUAAGAGCAAACUGACAAAAGGCUGAAAUGUAAUUUUCCAGUGGAAUUUUAUCAAUUUGUGAAAGAGGAUACUGCUCUAAUUUGUCCAAUUUAACAUUUUCUUUGAUGUUUGGAAAUUUCACUGUACUGUAAUUUAUGAUUACAUUUUCUUGUUUGAUGAGAUCCCACAAUUCUACAGUUAGGUAUGUCUCAUAUGAAAAGGUUUUGUCCAUAAAUAACACAUGUUUUAAAUAACUCAUCUCCAUGAAUAUUAUUGAGGUUUUCAACUGGAAAUGAAGUAUGUAUAGGACAGUCGGAAGAUUUAAUGAUUUCAUUCAACAAUACAUAUAGUAUAUUUAGAUUUUUAGUAAGUUUUAGUUUUAGGUGUAAUGUACAAAGAAUUGUGGCCUGUGCAUACUAAAUUAUCAUCAUUGGUUUUUGCCUAUCCAGUCACAUUACCAGUUUCUGACUGCUUAAAGACCACUUUAUUUUGUUAGCAGAGGUUAGAUCCUGCAGCACAGAGCUCUCUGUAACUGCAAUGCAUUUUCUAUAGGUUAAAUUAGAAUUGUUUAAUUCACUGUACUUCUUUGGUAGUUAUGAUUUCUUAAACGUGUCCAACCUUCUUCAAUGAUCGUAGAUAAUCUAUUACUCUAUUGCCAAUCCUUUAUUAUUUAGUUAAUUUUAUCUCUAAAUAAAAGGUUUUUAAACAACAUUGCCCAUAUACCAUGGAAACCACAAUUUUAAAUAAAAAAAAUCCUGUUUCAUAUGGUAUCUUACAAAGUUUAUGAAACAUUCACCAUACAUGAGAAACAAUUUAUGUUUUAUGAAAUAUAUUUUUUACAAAGUUUUAUAGGUUUUUACAUGCCUUAUGGUUAGUAGAGUACUUUUUUUUUAAAUAUUUUAGUUGAUCAACUUGAAAUUUGUUUUAUUCAAGCUGUUAUCAGUGUCUCAACUCAGACAAGGUACUGUUCCAAGAGAAAUUAAUUAGCUACUAACUCUAUAGCUGACCCUAGUUUUUACCCAAUUGUUCUCUAGUGUAUACCCCAAAUAAAUACAACGAAUACCUUAGAAGAUCUGGAUCUGGUUCUAUUAAUAUUUUUCGGCAACUGUAUAUUUUCACAACUUGUGUAAUAUUAGUACUUUGUAGAGGAAUUGUGCUGUUAUGAAAUAUAUAAAAAAAAACCAAAUAAAUAGAAAAUUAGAUUUUCAGACUGUCAGAUCUUGCUCUAAUCCAGAUCCAUUUACAGUACUGGACAAACAUACCUAAACCUGGCUCCAGUUAAGGAAUUAUACAUUUUUAAUUUAAAAUGUAGUAUAAUUUGGUUGUUAAGUUUCAGAUAACAGCGUUGAAAAUCUUUCUGUGAAUGUAGUAUUAUUUAUUAAUACUUUCCAAUAUUUUGACUAUCCGUCUUAUUCUGUUCGAAAAGAUCCUCACUCAGAGGACUAAGGCCUAUGAGAACAAGCAGAUUGAGAAAAAGACUAAGAAGAUCAAUGUCUCCUUAUUUUAUUUAUUACAAAAAUAAAUAAAAGGCCCUGUUACAGAUUAACAGAGUUUAUUACUUUCAUCCACUUUCUAUUACUCAAGGCAUUUCCAUGGCAUAAAAUCAAAGAGAUUGCAAAUUAGGUUAAAAUCCCCUCUCCCCCCCAAAGAAAAUAAAACAAAUAAAAUGGUACAAUAAUUUAUAUGAGUAUUUUGUGAACACAUAAUAAUAUGUUUGUUAGCAUAACACAGAUUUAAAUUUAUGUGUGGACCAAUAAUUGCCGUUUUCAAUUGGGUCAGUUUUUUUUUUUUUUAAAGAAAGCUUAUUUAGCAGUUAUGACAAUAUGCUAUCCAGUUCAAGAUUUGAAAAGAUAAUUUGCCUACAGUAAAGCUUGAAGGAAAUCUUGAUUCUCCACAAAACUAAAUUGUAGAAAUUCAUGGUAAAUGCAUCUUUUAGCUGUUAAAACUUAUUACAAGAUUCCUGUAAGUGGGUAAAAGGUACACACGAGGCGUGGUUGCGAGCGUGUCUGUCUCCUCCAGUGAUGUGUGAUCGUGAUGAUGUGAGAAGAGAAGAUGGAGCGAAAUAAGGUGUUCCUAGGUUUUGGUUCCCAGCAGUGGGCUGAGAUGGCGUGACAGAAUUCUCUCUUUUCUUCCAACAUUGUGCCUAUUACAACAUGGGGCGAGGCGGAUACUACUAGCGCAAAGAGAGGGCCUGCUGCGCGAACCGAGGUAGACUGAAUGCUGCACGAUGCACCUCUGCGCUGUAGUAGCGCAGCCCCAUCUGGUCCAACUCUUCCUCGGAGAAUAUCCUCAGUGGCUCCUUAAAAUUUGUUUCCUGUAACAAAGUAGAUAUCUCUUUGAAUAUAAGUUUCAUCUGAAAAUGACUCAUUACUGGUUUAAAUAAAACUGUUAAAAAUA